AUGGAUGAUGACGUGUUGUAUCCUGAAGAAUACAGUGAGAUGACGCUCGUGUCGGUAAUGGAAGAACGUUUUCAGUUUAACCAGUGCUUUAUGAACGAUCUCCCGGUAGAGCAAGAGACGACAAGAUGUACAUACCGCCAAGUAUAUGUCGACCAACAGGACGAAGUUGUAAAGGAUUCAAGAGAACUCGAGAAUAAAUCACUCUGCUAUCUCAGUGAUGAAAAAGGCAGUAACGACGACGACAGUGACGUGCUUAUUGCCGCUUUUGGAUUGGAGGACGAUAACCAGAGGAAGAAUCAGACUUGGGACCAGAUUGAGUUACGAAGACAAAAGCUACCACACAUCACGUCUCCAUCUCUGAGACGUGGGUGUCACUGUAGUAAAGCGCGUUACGUCGUUUCUAUUCAUGAGGAAGCAAAUGCUAGGAAACAGGAAAUUGCUGAUCCACACAAUGCAUCCAAAGAAUACUUAGACAUGCAUAUUCGCUAUGCCGUGGUCGUGCGCGUAGCAAGGGUCGACACAAUAGAUGGAAAAGACAUUUUUGUAUUGAAGGUGUCGGAUCCCGAAACAAAAAUGCGGUGGGAAGCUAAAAAGACACUUAGAGAGAUGAUGCUGUUUUACUCGCAUAUUCAACAGAUAAGUCUCGAGAAAGCACCGGUAAAGAAGGCGUUUUGGGGUACUCUUCGAGAACUAAGAAGGUCCAGCCUGCCGAAGAAACUUUUUGCUUCCCGAGGCUCAUUGAACACGCAGAGAAGGGCCGCGUUUGACUCAUUUUUAAGACAGACAGCGGCGUUGGUGUCACCUGCACCGCUGGGACCACGACGAAGGAAAGCACUGCUAUUGCUGCAGGCAUUUGUAGACGUGCAUCGUCAUUGCAAUGUAUCAAAUCGUGAUGCAUGCACGUGCUUUUUUCCUCAAAGCAAAGUGAACGCGCCGCAACUUGUAGCGAAAAUUUUUACCGCACCUGGGCAUAGGGCAUCGCGUGAUUGCCAUUCAUUCGUGUUAGCGCUCACGCUGAAGAGCGUCGACGUUAAGCACACUUUCAUGACGGAGCGGCGAGCACGAACGCUCUUGAAUACAAUUUUUAGAAAGAUGAGGGAUGUGAAGGAUGCGAUGCUGAAGGAUGAGGUGUUGCUGAGUGAACUUGCAGUAGCACAUUUGGAGCGCUCGGAGUCAGACUACGACGAGUUUCUAGACGAAGUGAAGCAUGCAGUAUGUGGGUUCGUACAGAAAAAUGUGCUGGUGCCACUGGAGGAUCAUGUUUAUGAGGCGCUGACCAGGCUUAUGGACGAGAAGGACGAGAACCGCUCUGGCAGUGAUUGGGAAAAUGCUCGCCGCGAGCUACGCCGCGUGAACGAGUAUACGCUACCUCUGGAUAAGCUGAAGUGCUUGGCGCGCGCUGCGGGGGCCAUUUUUCAAUCAUGUGGAUCGUCUUGGUCAUCAUCAUCUGUGGACACGACGAGCAGCUUUGCUUCGGUUGAAGAAGUGAACAUGGUGUUGCGGCCUUCCAUGACGACGGACGAGUUCAUAUCAGUGCACUUGUUUGUGCUGGUUAUGAGCAAUAUGUCGCACCUGCUGAUCACACGCGAAUUCCUGCGGGUGACUUGCGACCCUCAAGAUACCUCUGGUGAACUAGGCUACUACCUUACAACGUUUGAGGUGGCAGUGGACUUGCUCAUUAAUCAUGCGGACCCUCAACAGCCAAUGCUGCUGUGA